UCCAACGCCGGGGAAUGAAGUGGAGCUCUUGCAAAACCCAGAUCAAAGAUAUUAGAGGAGCUCCUCUAGUAUCUUUGACCCAGUGAUCCAGGGGCUUUCAGGCUGCUCUCUGUUGCUGCAAUACUGCAUUGAGCUUUAGUCACGGAGUUGCAUGGAGUGAAGUGGCUGCUCCUGGUGUGGCAAUGUGCAACGGUGUGCGGGCUCGAUGUAUACAUUGCGGCGGUCUACGAACACAAGUCGGUGUUAAAUUCAAUGCCGUGGGUCCGCCCCACACGUCAGGAGGCUCUCCAGCACAUGAUGAAAAACCUGGACAUCUACCAACUGCAAGUGCAUGAAGCGGGCAAGCAGGGAGCUAAGAUAAUUGUCUUUCCAGAGGAUGGUCUCUAUGGAUUUAAUUUCACCAGAGAUUCUAUUUUUCCAUAUUUGGAGCCCAUGCCAGAUCCUACGCUUGUUACAUGGAAUCCAUGUUUGCAUCCAAGGAAAAUUAGUAAUACAGAGGUUCUUUAUCAACUGAGUUGUCUGGCAAGGAACAACAAGAUGUACUUGGUAGCAAACAUGGGAGAAAGGCAGACCUGCGAACGCAGUGAUCCUUGGUGCCCCCCAGAUGGAAGAUACCAGUUUAACACUGAUGUAAUUUUUGACGCAGAAGGUUUAUUAAUUGCCAAAUACCAUAAACAGAACCUUUAUUUCGAAGAUAGUUUCAACACACCAAAGAGAGUGGAGCACGUCAUUUUUAAUACUUCUUUUGCUGGUAGAUUUGGUAUUUUUACAUGUUUUGACAUAUUGUUUUAUGAGCCAGCAGUGAGUUUAAUUGAGAAUUAUGGUGUGAAACAGAUUGUAUUUCCCACAGCCUGGAUGAACCAACUUCCACUCUUAUCUGCAAUUGAGUUCCAGCAAGCUUUUGCAACAGCAUUUAGGAUCAAUUUGCUUGCAGCUAAUCAGCAUCACCCAGAAUGGCAAAUGUCAGGAAGUGGGAUUUAUACUCCUUCCGUUUCUCACUAUUACUACAACGUAGAAAGUAGUGAGGGGAAACUCCUGGUGGCAGAAGUUCCAAUAAUCCACAGUCUGGAGCUGCCUAUGUCUCAGGUGACAUCUGAACUUCUUGAAAGGUACAAAUAUAUUGAACCUUCUGUUUCUCAGCUGCAGGAAAUAAAGGUAAUGAUGGAACAAUUACAGCCUUUGUCAAGCACAAUGCUGUCCCAAGUCGAAGGUCCUAAUGGUACUUUUCAUGCUCCGAUGAUGUAUGAUAAUUAUACCUUUGCCCUUAUGACAGGCCAGGAAGGUAAUUUGCAAGUCUGUUCCAACACGCUUUGCUGCCAUUUGGCUUACCGACGUAGCCGCAAGGCCAGUAAUCUGUAUGCAUUAGGAGCCUUUGAUGGUCUUCACACUGUACAUGGCACAUACUACCUGCAAGUGUGUGCUUUGGUGAAGUGUGCAGGCUCCACUUAUGACACCUGUGGACAAAGUACUACAACUGCUUCUGACAUCAUUGACUUCAAGUUGUGGGGAAAUUUCAGCACUUAUCAUAUUUACACCGAGAUACUUGCUGCUGAGAUGAACCUUUAUCGUGCAGAUACCAACGAAUGGCUGGAUGAUAAUUAUUACAUGACUAAGCAAGGGAUGUCAGCAGGACUUGUAACUGCAGCACUCUUUGGAAGAUGGUACAAAAGAGACUAACUGGAUGAAAUGUAAUUCAUUUUCUGAGUGUGACAGUUCUUAAAUAAAGCAACAUCACUGAGAACAAUUCA